AUGUUUGGCCUUAACAGAUCAACCUUUGGAGGCGCCUCUGCACAGCAAGCUCCAUCUAACGCUUCUCCUUUUGGUGCACAACAGACAAAUACCAAUUCAUUUGGCAUGAGUCAACCAAAUAAUACUACUCAGCAACCACAACAAAGUUUUGGUGGAUUUGGUAUGAACAAUACUACUGCCAACAAUGCUACUGGUUUUGGCUCAAAUAAUACUGCUAACACGGGUAUGUUUGGACCAAACACUAACACUUCAGCAGGGACUACAAUGUUCGGUAACAAUUCAAGUGGUAUGAACACUAAUCCUUUAUUAGGGAACUCAAUAAAUCAAGCAUCUUCUAACAAUGGUACAGGUAUUAAACCAUUUACUGCAUAUCAAGAAAAAGACCCAGUGAGUAAUGCAACAAAUGUAUUUCAAAGUAUCACAUGUAUGCCAGAAUAUAGGAAUUAUUCAUUUGAGGAAUUGAGAUAUCAAGAUUAUCAAGUCGGUCGUAAAUUUUCAAACUCUCAGGUACCAGUGACCAAUACUACAGGUAUGAAUUCUUUUGGACAAAAUAGCGUAAAUAGCACUAACACUACUACAAGCAGUGGUGGUCUAUUUGGAGGUAAUACCAAUGCAAACAACAAUACUACUGGUGGAUUAUUUGGGCAAAAACCAAAUGCUGGAUUUGGUGCUAAUACUAGUACCGGCCUUUUUGGUAAUAGUAAUAAUAAUAAUUCAAACGCUAUGAAUUCUCCAUUCAACUCCAAACCUCAAGGUAAUACUGGCCUGUUUGGCCAACAGAAUAACAAUACGACUGGGUUUGGACUGCAGAAUAAUACAAGUACAUUUGGCCAGAACAACCCUAAUACAUUUGGUCAGCAGCAAACUAACUCUAAUAACCUGUUUGGUAUGAAUAACAACCCUUCGACCACAACUGGAGGUAUUUUUGGGCAGUCUAAUAACAAUACAUUUGGGCAACAAAAUACUACUACAUCAGGGGGGUUAUAUGGUCAAAAUAAUAACCAGCAACAAGGUGGACUAUUCGGAAAUAAGCCAACAUCAGUCGGUUUGUUUGGUCAAAAUAACAAUAAUACAUUUGGUAAUAACAACGCUAACACCAAUACGGCUGGAAUGUUUGGUCAAAAUAACAACUUAAAUCAAGGUAACACCAGUGGAACAUUUGGUCAAGCCAACAAUAAUAAUUCAAUGUUUGGUAAUAACAACGCUAACACUGGUUUUGGUGGUCAACAGAAUAAUGUAAACAGUUUUAAUCAAAACCAAUCCGCUGGAGGACUAUUUGGUAAUAAAUCAGCAGGCGGGUUGUUUGGGCAGACCAAUAAUACCUCUCAACAACAAGGUGGGUUGUUCGGUAGUAAGCCUGCAACCGGAGGUCUAUUUGGUCAAAAUAAUGCACAACAACCACAACAAGGUGGUCUUUUCGGUCAAACUGGAACCCAACCAGCUCAAGUUGGUGGUCCGUUUGGUCAAAAUAAUAACCAACAGCAAUCUUCAGGUGGUUUAUUUGGACAAAACAAUAAUCAACAACAAGGUGGUUUGUUUGGUGCUAAGCCAGUAACUGGCGGGUUGUUCGGUCAAAAUAGUAACCAACAGAAUUCAGCUGGUGGUCAAUUUGGUCAGAAUAAUAGUCAACAAACAAACGCUAUGGGUGGAGGGCUCUUUGGACAAAAUAAUCAGCAGUCAACACAAGCAGGUGGUUUGUUUGGUGCCAAACCGGCGGCACCUGUUGGUGGUGGGUUAUUUGGAAACAACAACCAACAACAACAGCCUGUAACAGGUGGGCUUUUCGGUGCUAAACCAGCAGGAUCUACUUUUGGUGGCAAUGGUCUUAACGCCGGCACAAAUGCAAGCGGUAGUCUAUUUGGCAACAACAUUAAUAAUGCUAACAACACUAGCAAUCAAUCGACGUUUGGGGGUAACACAACAGGCGGUCUGUUCGGUGCCAAACCAGCAGCACCAGUGGGUGGCGGUUUAUUCGGUAACAACAAUGCUACUAAUGGAUUAGGUACAGCUACAGGUGGUGGCCUCUUUGGGUCGAAGCCUUCUACAGCCACUCAAGGAGGCGGAUUAUUUGGGAACAACAACCCCACUGGUUUGAAUAACAGCUCUGUCGGCACUGGCCUUUUUGGUGCUCAGAAACCGAUGAGUUCUAUGCUUGGUUCCCAAACUCAGAUAGGUGGACAAGCACCUCAAACAUUAGCUCAACAGCAAAACUUAAUUACUCAUAAUCCAUUUGGUUCUGAUAAUCUUUUUAAUAGAAUCGUAAUUGAUGAAAAUGGACUAAAAUCUGCUAAAACAAUUAAUAUUACAAAGGUAAACGCUGACAUAAAGAAAAACAAUACGCUUACCGGUGCAUAUAAACUGGUUCCUAAACCUUUGUUUUCGACAACACAACAUAUCCAUUCUGAAGACAAUUGUACUAUACAUAAAAUUCUACCUCCUAAAGGUUCUGCGCUCAACAACAGCACGGACCUCUCAGGUUCUGCGCAAGGCAAUCAGUCUCUAGAGACAAGACCAUCUUUGUUAUUGACAAGCAAGGAUAUUAAUGAUACUAGUGGAGUUCCCGAGAAACUGCUCUUUAACCCUGAGAAAAAGACUUUCAAAGAUUUUCUUCAACAGAAGAAUAACGUCGUUGUUGAAAAUAAGGAAGUUUUAAAGACAUUAGAACAACAAGAAUUGAAAGACCAGAAAAUCCCAUUGAAGGAAUCGACUAAACAAAAUUUACCUCCAAAAACCGAAAAUAAAGCUGAAACUGUAAAGAAUGAUGUAAAUUCAAACAAAUUUGAGGUUGUCGCUGAUAGUGAAAAUAAACUCUCGCCACCUGGUAUUCAAACUACUGAUUUCUCAUUUAUUGACGAUAACUACUACAUUUCACCAUCCAUAAGUACAUUGUCAUCUAUGUCACUCUUAGAUUUGCGUAAAGUAGACCAUUUGAUUAUCGGUCACAACCUUUAUGGGAAAGUGGAGUUUCUGAAACCCGUCGAUUUAUCGGAUAUUCCUGUAGCACUAUUAUGUGGAAAAUACAUAACUUUGAAACAAGGAUCGUGUAAGGUAAUUCCGUACUCUGGAGAAGACAUGGUGGCAGGUUCUGGCAUUAACGUUCCUUCAAGAAUAACAAUAUACCAUUGUUAUCCAACGAAUAGGGAAAAUAGACAACCUAUUAAAGAUCCACAUCAUAGCAUAGUCAAAAGACAUAUCGAGAAAUUAAGGAAAAUACAAAAUGCAAAAUUCGAAACUUACGAUCCUGUUUCUGGAAACUACACCUUUACUGUUCAAACUCCGAUCUGA